GGAAUUAAGAAUCAUGUUGCAUGAAGUAAAGGACAGACAGAAGUUCAUCAGUGAUGUUCAGUGUCUGCAGGACAUGCAACACAAGGGGGACUCUGAGUAUCAGGCUUGUUUGAGACGACAGGAAUACAGAAGAGACUCAAAGGAUGAGAAGAAACAAGAUCAGUUUGAGGGGCAAGAGAUAGAUUUUGAGAGAUCCCGGAAUUCAAGCGGGUCAUCUUCCAAACAGAGUUCUGGUGAGGAUGAUUCUGUAGCUGAAUCCAGAGCAUCUAGCAAGAUAUGCGGGGUUAAGUGUGAAUCCAAACUUCCAGCAAUUGACCAAACAUCAGUCAAGCAAAAACAUAAGAGUACCAUGACUCCAAGGAAACCUGAGAAAUCAUCAGAAACCACUAAAUCCCCUUCAGCACAGGCACCAAAGAUUUUAUCAAGGAAGAGGAGGCCAAACCUGGGGAGAUUGACAGUCAGCCCAGAGAUGCACAGCCCAAGAGCAUCUGGGGACAGAAGCAGACAGAAAUCACAGCUGCCUGCAAAGGCACAGACCCUCUGGGGAGCAGAUCCCGUAGUUCAACAAGAAACCCUGAUAUGGGCAGGCGAGACUAAGCUGAAGAGGCCAACCCGAGAGAGAAGAAACUUGGUCUCCUCCUCACCACUGAUGAUGACAGCUGAGAACACCCUUGAGAGAGCCAGAAAAGGAGACCCAAGUGCUCUUUCCCAGAAUGAGCCACAUUCAACCCCAACCCAGACUUUCCAAGGAAUGAAGAGUUCUCAAGUGCUAAGUGAGCCCUUGGGGCCACCACUCAUGCCCGCCAUCAUGGGGGGGCCAAGAAGGUCACCCUUUAGGUUCCGAGAUGAAGAUUUCUAUUCUGUUAUAUCGUUAAAUGCUGGAAGAGAAGAUGAGGACACUGAGGAGGAAAUCCGUGUAGAAGAAGAACUUCUGUUGGUUGGUAUGCGCUCACCCCGUUCUCCCUCCAACCAUAAAAGAAGUAGAUUUCUUGGGACAUCAGUUACUCAGACCAAAAAUAAAAAUUCUGAAGAAACCCCUGAACAUUGCAGAGGUAAUUCUUUAAGAAGGAGCGAGCCCAGUCAUGGCUCAUUAAGAAUAAGCAACCUAAUGGAGCCAUUGCCUACAAGGCAAUUUUCUGUAGGGCAAAGGAUGUUCCAGGAGCCCAAACUACCUGAUGGGGAGUCUGUUAAAGACAGUGAUGGUGGUGGAAGUGAAAAUGAGCAAAAGCCCUUCCAUUCAGUGGACACCAAUUCUGAACCCAGACAAGAUGGUGGUCUCAAUGCUGAAAAUGUACCUAGUGAUCGCAUUUCUGCGGAAAACAGGUCUGGUAUCCAUGAUUAUGAAAGAAAUUGGCAAGACUAUUUAAAUAGUUCCAGAAAUUCUUUUGACCACUUACUUUCUGCUAGACCAACAGCUUCGAGAUCCUCCAUGAAUUCAUCUUAUUACACUCCUGGAUCAUUAAUGCAUUUUGCUCUGAGAGAUGAAGUUCCAAUAGACUUGUCACUGUCACCGACUUCAGGUCACAGCUCAAGUUCAGAGGGAAACUCAAGGUUCAAUGUUCGCCGGCCAUUGUCCCCUAUCAGAAAUAGGAAUUCAUUUGCCAGUGCUGAAAACCACCCAGUAAACACUGGACAUGAAUUUGAUGUCAGGGGAGCCGAGGACAUUACUUUCACAAACCUGCCUCAGGGGGCUCCAUUAUACACAGAAGAUCUCUUCUCAAAUCCUCAAGGCAGUUUGUCCCCGGUGCAUCCUCCUAGUUCCUCUCCAUCAAGAAGGAACUUACAAGGUCACUUGCAUGUGCCUGGGUCCCUGCAAGAAAAUAUACCUUUUACUUUCUUUGCAGUGUCUGAUUUCUCAAAUCAAAAUGAUAAUGGCAGCAGUAUGGCAGUAUCCAGGUUCCCAGAUGUAAAGGAGGCCACUGAAAUAAAGACAGACCCUGAGAAACUCAAGAAAUUGCAAGAAAGUCUCCUGGAGGAGGACUCCGAGGAGGAGGCAGACUUGUGUCGCAUCUGUCAGAUAGCCGGGGGUUCCCCCGCCAACCCCCUCCUGGAGCCCUGCGGCUGUGUGGGAAGCCUGCAGUUUGUCCACCAGGAGUGCCUGAAGAAGUGGCUGAAGGUGAAAAUAACAUCAGGAGCAGAUCUGGGUGCUUUGAAGACCUGUGAGAUGUGUAAGCAAGGCCUGCUGAUCAACCUGGAUGACUUAAACCUGACGGAAUUCUACCAGAAGCAUCAGCAAUCCCGGGCACAAAAUGAGCUGAUGAAUUCAGGCUUAUACCUGGUGCUGCUGCUUCACCUGUAUGAGCAGCGGUUUGCAGAACUCAUGAGACUCAAUUACAGCCGGGUCUCAAGGGAGAGGUUGACAAGAAAUUACCCACAACCCAGACCGGAAGAAAAUGAAAAUUCCGAGUUGGGAGAUGGAAAUGAAAGCGUUUAUCCAAGCCGGGUCAUCUAGCAAGGAAGCUGGCCGUGGAGCUCAGCAGAGACCUCUCCACUCAACAGCCCCUUCUGUGCCCCCACAUGUCUCCCUCCCUCCUCCUCCUUACUGAAAUUGAAACCAAUGUGUUCCAAGUUACCAUUUGUACCUUGUGCCACUCUCUCCCUGGGGUCUGGCUUGAACAUCCCAGGCAGCAACAGGAACCAGACGAGUCCCAGACAGCACAGGUCAGGCACCCUGGGGCUGUUGAGCACCUGGCAGGCUGUCCUGCUACUGCCCCUCAGCCCAGAAGCCCAAGGGGACCCAAUGGCCCUGGCAGGCCCAGCAGACUGGGAUCCCACUGCCGAGGCGCCUGUUCAUGCCUCGCUCCUCCCCAAGUGGGACGGAGCUGUGCAUUCAGUAAACUGACUUUAUUCUCCC